GUCCAUACCCAAGCCCUGCUGCUUCCCCCUGAGACUCGUAUCUUCCCAUUUGGUUGGCUGCUCUUCGUUGUAUUCUUUGUGUAGCAACUCCUACUUUCGUAAGAAAGAGGAGCCAGAAGAAAAACAAGGAGGAACCCCAGCCGGCAAAGCUACCCGUCGAGACCCAGAGUCAGCAUGGCUCUGCUGCGACUGGAUGGCCCCGUCCGGGCCCUGCGGCCACGGGCAUGCCUGUGGGCGGAUCAUGCCGUCAGACGACCCAGGUCACACAUCACCAACAACAACCACCCUAACAGGCCGCUCCUCCUCGUCUCGUCCCGACAGCAUGCUGCUGCGUGUCAGAGUGCGGCCCGAGACUCGCUUCGCCGCUGGGCAUCAACCUACAGCCAGCCGGCGGCGACGCAGCUCAUGCCGCCUCCCCCGGCUGGUCUCGAGGCAUACAACGAGGGUCCUUAUGGUGAGGCCGUCGAGAUGCUGAGGGACAGGGAGUAUCCGCAUAUGAACCAGGGCAUCUACCUCGACCACAGCGGCACCACCAUCUACGCGCGCUCGACGGUCGAGGCCUUCGCCGACAAGAUGACCAAGAACCUGUACGGCAACCCGCACUCGGCCAACGAGCCGGCCAAGGCGUCGGGCGACAUGGUGGACGAGAUCCGGGACCGGGCGCUCCGGUUCCUGGGCGCGGACCCGGCGCACUUCGACCUCGUCUUCGUGGCCAACGCCACGGCCGCCAUCAAGCUCGUGGCCGACGCCUUCCGCGACCUGGCCGAGCGCACCUGGAGCGGCUCCUUCUGGUACGGCUACCACAAGGACUCGCACACCAGCCUCGUCGGCGUCCGCGAGCUGGCCGGCGGCGCCGGCGUGGCGAGCGGCAACAGCGCCGGCCACGCCCGCUGCUUCGGGUCCGACAUGGAGGUCGAGGCCUGGCUCGCCGGCGACGACAUGGGCCGCGGCGCCAUGGAGAACAGCAUCCGCGGCCGCCGCCGCGCCGCGGGGGGCCUCGGCCUGUUCGCCUACCCGGGCCAGUCCAACAUGUCGGGUCGCCGGCUGCCGCUCUCGUGGGCCGGCCGGCUGCGUCAUGGGGGGCCCGGCGGCGGGAGUGGCGGGCGCGGCCUGCACGCAAACACGUACAGCCUCCUCGACGCGGCGGCGCUGGCCAUGACCAAGCCCAUGGCAGGCGUGUUUGCCGACCCGGACGCCGCGCCCGACUUCACGGCCCUGUCCUUCUACAAGAUCUUUGGCUUCCCGGACCUGGGCGGGCUCGUGGUGCGGCGCGACUCGGGCCACAUCCUGACACUGCGCAAGUACUUUGGCGGCGGCACCGUCACCAUGGUGGGCGCCGUCGGCAAGGCGUGGCACAUGUCCAAAGGCCACGAGGCAUCGGCCGCGGCGGCGGCCCAGCCGCCUGGAGCCGCCGCCGAGUACAGCAUCCACGACGGGCUCGAGGACGGCACGCUGCCGUUCCACAGCAUCCUGGCGCUGGGCGAGGCCAUGGGCGUGCACGAGCGCCUGUACGGGUCCAUGGACAACGUGUCGCGCCACACGAGCCGCCUGGCCGCGCGCCUGUUCCGCGGCGUCGCCGGGUUGAGGCACCACGACGGCGCGCCCGUGUGCCACAUCUACGGCGACGAGGAGGGCACGCGCCCGGCCUUUGGCGACGCCGACAGGCAAGGGGCCACCAUGGCCUUCAACGUCGUGAACCCGGACGGCACCUACGUGCCCUACUCCGAGGUCGAGGAGGUGGCCAACAGCAAGGGCAUAUAUAUCCGCUCCGGAGGCAUCUGCUGCCCCGGCGGCCUCUUCACGGCCCUCGACUACGAGCCCUGGGAGCUCGAGCGGGCCAUGUCGGCCGGCCACCACUGCGGGCCCCACGGCCUCAGUAUGGUGAACCAGCUGCCUACGGGCGUCGUGCGCGCGAGCCUGGGGCCCAUGAGCACCGCCCGCGACAUCGACGUCUUUGUGCAGUUCCUCGGCGAGACCUUUGCCGCGAGGCAGCAGGAGACCCCCGAGCAGCAGCAGCAGCAGCAGCACAUCGACAGCGGGCGGGACAGGCCGCUGGAGGCGCUGGCCUGCUUCGGCUAGAAUCGCCCGAAGUUGUCUUGUUGUGUGGGUGGGGCAACUCGCCUCUUCGGGGGUCGGUCGGUCGGGUUGAUGCUGGGUUUUGGCUUCCCAUGACGUUAUGAUUUGGCUUUUCUUUUUUUGGUCCGGUCUACCGGGGUUUCCUGGGGGGCUUUGGGAGGGUAUGCAUGGCGUGUGGUGUCGGGGAGUUGCAGAGUGAAAUAUGCCCGCAUGUGGCACAGUAAAUAACAGACACGUUCUCUCUAGCGUGAGGGUGGGUGGUUCGGCGGGCGAAAGGUGUUGGGAGCGGCCAGGUGAUUCAGCACUCACGGCAGUUGCUCGACCACAGCACUAGCUGGGCAGACGGGGGGGUGACAACACCAAUCUUUUUGCGAGACUGACGAGGCUUGGGGUCUUCUGCCCGCUGCCUGUUCACACUCCUUUCCAUGUUUCCCUUUGUUUCUUUCUCUUUUUUUUUUCUUUUUUUUU